AUGCCUCUUUUCCCUGUAUCUCCGAACAUUCAGGAGUCGGAGUCCGCACUGCGAAAGCGUACGCACGACGAUUACAUUGGCGACGGCGCUCUUCAGGUCACCGUUGACUACUCCUCGCAAUCGGAGAACCCACUGGAGCAGAAGUCUCUCGAAAUGUCUGCCUCAGCCGUCGAGCGCCAACCUCAGUUGGCUCAUGUACCCAGCAUCACGAUGAACUCAACCCCAGGCAGCAGCCCGGCUGCACUGACCGAUGCGGGAUCGAGCACGCCUGCUCGGGACUCCCCACCACCUCAAUCAACGCCAUCUAGAUCUCCUCUUCUACCGAUGAACACCACGCCUGUCACCACCGCAUCUGCCGCGACUGUUGCCAAGACCGCGCAACCUAAGAAGCGGAAGCUUACAACGGCCGAACAGGAGAAGGAGCGGGUCGAGAAGAAGCUGAAACUCGAGGCGGCUGCUACUGAGAAGGCCAGAUUGACUGCUGAGCGAGAAGCUGCUAAGGUCGCGAAGGCUGCCGAAAAGGCCAAACUUGACGCCGAGAAGGAGGCCGCAAAGAACGCCAAAGCCGCCGAGAAAGCCAAGUUGGACGCCGAGAAGGAGGCAAAGAAAGCCAAGUUGGAGGCUGAGAAGGAGGCCAAGAAGCGCAAGAAACAGCAGGAGGACGCGGCCGCUCAGCGCAAAUUGGCUCUGCAGGCAAAGCAGAAGAACCUGAUGGCUUCUUUCGUCAAGAAAGCGCCCUCUACACCUACCAAGAAGGACGCGGCUAUGGUGGUUGAUCAGGCCCAGCCUGUCAAGCCGUCGCCAGAGAACGCGAGCCCAGCUGCACUCGAGGAGGAGACAAAGCCUACCAUCUCCCCCUACGAUCUCAUGUUCAAGAGUUUUUUUGUCAAGGACGACAUGACUGUUGCACCGGCUCCGUUCCAGAUGGACGACGAAACCAAGCAAGCGAAGUCCAAUAUCCUCGACGAGUAUAUCCGUGGUGAGCGCGGCGAGUUCGAUCCCAAGCCCUUCAACGCGGCAGCCACUUUCGAUCUUGCUUUCCCGUCUCAACGAGGAAUAGUCCCGUCGAGUGUCAGAAACACCAUGGAGAGAGUGCAUGGGGACCCGUACGAGACGGCAUUUGAUAUCCAGAGUUUAAGAACUGAGGCCCAGAACGCACAGCUCGAAAUCGACGCACAGGACCGGCUUAACACAAUUCCAAUGAAGUACCUGGCCUUCUACGAAGAUGUCCGGCCACCAUAUUUCGGCACUAUGACGGCACCUACGUCGGUUAAACAGCUGCGGCGCCUCUCCCGUAACCCCAAGGGGAGAAUCUUACCACUGACCUACGACUAUGAUUCGGAGGCGGAAUGGGUCGAAGACGACGAAGAAGAUGGGGAAAACCUCGACGAUGCCGAGGAUGAGGAAGAGGACGUUGAUGGCGAUGAAGAGAUGGACGACUUUGUCGACGACUCGGAGGCUGUAAACGUCAUGCGCCCAAGGUUUGAGGCCGACAAUCAGCCCAAGAGUACGGGCAUAUGCUACGAGAACCGGAAACGGCUGGGACCGUGUCCCACAACCUACAAAUUCCGAUUCGAGUUCUUGCUCGAAUCGCUUGAUCAUCAUUCGAUGAUCAACCCUUUUUCAAGCAGCUAUUGGCCGGCGCCGAUUAAGAAGUCCACAGGCAUGUCAGCAUCAGGUUCCAAGGCUUUCAUGCCUCCCCCUGCCGUACCUGGAGAGGCUUCAUCGUCGGCGACGAAGGACAAGAAAGACCACAUCCCCGACAAGUACAUUGAGGACUUUAAGAGCACCCUGGUUAGCGACGAGUGUAAGGAAUACUCCAAAGCCACCGUCAUAGAGAUGUUGGCAAAGAAGUUUGCUAGUUGCACCAAAGCACAGGUGAAAGCGACGCUAGAUGUCGUCGCCCACCGCGUCACGCCACCGGAUGAGAAGAGAAAGUCCGUCAAGCAUUGGGUCUUGCUUCCUACAGCCUCUGUCUAG